UGGAGUUCAGAGCUGGCCCAGCUUUGUGGCUACCCACCAAUAGGAGUCCCGCAAAGAUUGCGUAGCUGGGAGGCGGAAAAACGUCAAGUUCGAUUCUGACUCCCAGGGCGGCCUGGGAAUCAACACAGUACGGCCGGCCACCUACCCUCACAUUUGAAUGGCGGCUGUGAGCGUGGAGCCCGCGGGCCCCUCUUGCUGGGACGAGCCGCUGCGCAUCGCCGUGCGUGGCCUGGCCCCCGAGCAGCCGGUCACGCUGCGCUCGGCCCUGCGCGACGAGAAGGGCGCGCUCUUCCGCGCCCACGCGCGCUACCGGGCUGAUGCCCGCGGCGAGCUGGACCUGGCGCGCGCGCCCGCGCUGGGCGGCAGCUUCGCGGGGCCCGAGCCCAUGGGGCUGCUCUGGGCGCUGGAGCCCGACAGGCGCUUUUGGCGGCUGACCAAGCGGGACGUGCAGACGCCGUUCGUAGUGGAGCUGGAGGUGCUGGACGGCCACGACCCUGAGCCGGAGCGGGUGUUGACCCGCGCGGUGCUGGAGCGCCACUUCCUGCGGCCGGGGGUGCGGCGUGAGGCGGUGCGCGCGGGCCGGGUGCGGGCCACGCUCUUCCUGCCACCAGGCCCCGGGCCCUUUCCCGGCAUUGUGGACAUUUUUGGCGUUGGAGGUGGCCUUCCGGAGUAUCGGGCUAGCCUGCUGGCUGGGAAGGGAUUCGCUGUGCUGGCUCUGGCGUAUUACAACUAUGAGGACCUCCCCAAGAACUUGAACAGAGUUCACCUAGAAUACUUUGAAGAAGCUGUGAACUACUUGCUCGGUCACCCUCAGGUGAAAGGCCCAGGAAUUGGACUGCUGGGAAAUUCCAAAGGGGGUGAGCUCUGUCUCACCAUGGCCUCCUUCCUGAAGGGCAUCACGGCCGCUGUCAUAAUCAAUGGCUCUGCAGUCACUACUGGCGUCACUUUACACUACAAGGAUGUGACUCUGCCCCCCAUAGGUGCCAGCAGGAGUCGAAUCAAGAUGACCAAAGAUGGCUUUGCGGACAUUGUGGAUGUCCUAAACAGCCCUUUGAAAGAGCCUGGCCUAAAGAGCUUCAUUCCUGUGGAAAAGGCCGAGUGCACCUUCCUGUUCCUGGUGAGUGAGGACGACCACAACUGGAAGAGCGAGUUCUAUGCCAACGAGGCCUCCAAGCGCUUACAGGCCCACGGGAAGGAGAAGCCCCAGAUCAUCUGUUACCCCGGGGCAGGGCACUACCUGGAGCCCCCCUACUUCCCCUUGUGCCGGGCUUCCCAUCAUGUAUUGGUGGGUGGGCCUGUCUUCUGGGGAGGGGAGCCCAGGUCUCAUGCUGUGGCCCAGGCAGAUGCUUGGGAGCAACUGCAGGCUUUCUUCCACAAGCACUUGGGUAGUAAAGAGACAAAAAUCCCUUCAAAACUGUGAUUGUCAUUUGAUUCUGUGGCAUGUCUGAUACGGGUGUCUCCUGGGCACAACUGCCACAGUUAGUACAUGUAUGUCUAUUCUUUCUUAUUGCUAACACCUCGCUGUUAUAUUGAAUUUGCUAAUGAGUUUUAAUGGGGGUUCCAAAGGGGCUUGGGUCUCCUGGUCCAGGUCACUGAACCCUCCUGUGUUGUGGGUUCUGGGUCUGCUUGCUCCAGGGGUGGGGGUCCUGGCUUAGCCCAGGUUGUCUGGCUCAGGUCCAUGAGCCGACCUAGGAAAACUGGAAAUCCUCAGUGUAAAGGAUGGAGUGCUGGACAGCAAACCAUGUGCACAUAGAGGAUAUUGUAGCCCAGAGGGGCCUGCAGAGGAUAUCUGGUGUCAUAGCAGAAAAUGGAGAACAGGACAUAGGGACAACUACCCCAGCCAAACAAUGACAGCAAAUAUCUGGGUGAAUGGAGACUAUAAAGUCAACUGUGUCAGCCAAUGGACAUUGGAAGGGAUUCCUCAUCCAUAGAUUGGUGAGACUGACACCAUGUGGAACUAUUGCAUCCACCUGGGCAUAACCCUUAGAACAUGCACCGCAUUGUGACCCUGGGUUGAUAUUGGGUGGCUUUUCCCCAUCCUCAGGUACUG